AUGUCGGCUGAUGAUUCGUCUACCCAAGGGGAACUGGAGAGCCAACUGGCCCCCAGCGUCGAGAAAAGUGCCGAGGAAGAAAAGAGACAACAGGAGCCUCAAGCAAAGCCCGCAUGGACACCAAGCCCUGCACCAGAUGGAGGAUUUACUGCGUGGUCGGUUCUUGCAGGGUCGUGGUGUGUUUUGUUUUGCAGUUUCGGAUGGAUUAAUAGUGUUGGUACCUUUCAGAAUUAUUACGAGUCUACGCUCUUGAAUCAAUAUUCCGCUAGCACAAUCGCUUGGAUUCCAUCGUUGCAGAUCUUCUUCAUGUUUGCCAUGGGACCUAUAAUCGGCCAACUCUACGACCGAUACGGACCACGUUACUUGCUCUUGGCUGGAACGUUACUCCACGUCUUUGGUCUCAUGAUGGCAUCCAUUUCCAAACAAUACUAUCAAGUACUGCUUUCUCAGGGAGUAGUCAGUGCGAUUGGGGUUGCGACAGUCUUUCAACCUUCACUGAACGUUAUACCUAGCUGGUUUGAUAAAAAGCGCGGUAUUGCUUAUGGUAUCGCGGCGAGUGGCUCCAGUAUUGGUGGAAUCAUCUUCCCUAUUAUGGUUCAGAAACUGAUUGUUCAAGUCGGUUAUGGAUGGUCAAUGCGCAUUAGUGCAUUCAUGAUUCUUGGUCUUCUCAUCAUCUCUAACUUGACAGUCAAGUCUCGACUUCCUCCACAGCCUAAGGCUAUGACAAAGGAUGAAUUGGUGCAGCCUUUUCGAGAGUUCAGUACAGUUGCGGUCAUUUUAGGAUUCGUUUUUCUUACUUUUGGUAUUUUUAUUCCGAUCGACUAUGUCGUCGCGGAAGCUCUUGGAACAGGGAUGGAUCCAAAUCUUGCACAGUAUUUGCUUGCCAUGCUAAACGCUGGAAGUUUGUUCGGACGAUUGAUUGCAGGCGCACUAGCCGACACCCUGGGCGCAUACAACAUCUUUUCAUUUGUGUGCUAUGUUUCCGGAAUUUUGAUUCUCGCCCUGUGGAUCCCUGCUAGUGGAAAUGCAGCUGUGAUUGCCUUUGCAAUCAUUUUCGGUUUCACGUCUGGAGCAUAUGCCUCGCUCAUUGCGAAUUUGAUCGUCAAGAUUUCACCAAACUUCAAAGUCAUCGGUUACCGUACUGGCCUUGCAUUUUUAUUCGGGUCGAUUGGUGGAUUGACUACCAACCCUAUUGCCGGGGCUAUCCUUCAGCGCGAUAAUGGAUCGUACACUGGUAUGAAGAUAUUUUCCGGUGUUUUUGUCAUGGCCGGAUCGACACUGGUGUUUCUUGCUCGGUUAUAUCAAACGAAGUUUAAGCUGUUGGCUAAAUUCUGA